UUUUUAUGGUCACUAUUUAAUAAAUGAAGAAUUUCCAUCGUCCUUAUACUUUCAAAAGCUUUGGAGAACACUGAAAUUCCUGAAGCCGAGGGCUCUAUUUAUACCAAAUACAAAAUAUGAUUCGUGCAAAGUAAGAUUAAAAAUAAAUUGUGAGUUUUGUUGACGCCCCAGACGCUUUGUGUAAAGUGUUUUGUGAACCGGGCAUUGAUUAUGAUUCCCAUGACUGUCGUAAAGCGCAACCUUCUUUCAGCUGCAAUAGCGUUUGCUGCGACAGCGCUUUCCGGCAGCUGGGACACCGAGGAGAAAGCAACGACAGGCGUCGGAAGAGAAGUAGAAUUUUUUUUAAAGAAAACCCUCGGAUUUACACAAUAAUAGCUCAAGGGAAUUUGUCUUCGUUUAUAACCUUCUAGCUCUUGUGGAUGAAAGUAUAUUUAUCUUUUUUUUUAAACGUGAUUCGCCCCCUUAAUGAAGUGGGAUGGCUGCAGUGCCGACUGGGCCUAGCAGCGCAUUGCCAGCAUCCCCGGCUGAAAUUACUCCCUUCCCUGGGGGUGGAAACGUCGAACCUGGGGAAAGAGGACAACCAGGCUGCGGUCGGGAGGGCUCUGUAACCUCUGGGACAGGACAGGGGCAGCGGGUAAGCGAGGACAAACGGCCAAGCAAGAAAAAACAGAAGAACAUGUUAUCGCAUGCUAACCCGGCUGCGCUACACCUAAAAACGCAAGCCCCGCAGGAACAGCAGAUGAACGGCUUGGUCAGUCCGCCUGAAGAAGGCGAGAGCCACAACCACACGAUUGAAAACCGAUCUGACAAUCCGAGACCGUCUACGGAACACUGUGACAGCAGCAGUUUUGGAGACAACGCGAACGAUAAAAACAAUAGCGACCACCAUUGCUGCCAACAUGAGGACCACAGUCCCAGUUCGAAAGGCUGCCACCCUCACUUGAACAACAAUAGCAUGAACGGUAUGCUGACUAUUACAAGAACUGAGGCUAUCCGAAGCCACCCUGUAACCGGAGACAAGCCUAGUGGUAACGCUAGGAGAGGGGAAAGCGACCCCACGGAAGACACUCGACCACCGAACCAGCCCCCAGACUGCGAAGGCCCCUGUGAGCACCGGGCUGGAGUAGAUAAUGACCCCGUCGCCAUAUACAAGCCGCCGGUGUCGGAGUUAGCAAGGCUGGAUCUGAACUGCUCGACUGGCCGAGGAGAGGAAGAAAGCCAGGGGAUUCAUUAUGUCCGUUACGAGUCCGAAUUACAGAUGCCAGGAAUCAUGAGGUUGAUCACCAAGGACUUGUCUGAGCCCUAUUCCAUUUAUACCUAUAGGUACUUCAUCCACAACUGGCCGCAACUCUGCUUUCUGGCCAUGGUGGAGCAGGAAUGUGUCGGGGCCAUCGUGUGUAAGCUGGACAUGCACAAGAAGAUGUUUCGUCGCGGCUACAUCGCCAUGCUGGCUGUGGACUCCAAACACCGGAGGAAAAGCAUCGGUACUAACCUGGUGAAGAAGGCUAUCUACGCCAUGGUGGAGGGGGAUUGCGAUGAGGUGGUUCUGGAGACUGAGAUCACUAACAGACAUGAGGUCGUGUCUGCCUGGAGGUGUGGACCCAUGAAUCCACAGGAGGGCGUCACGUCGGUUCAUCCACCGGGACACAGAUCCGCAGAAGAAGAGAACAAAGAGAAUGAAAGAGGAAGUGAGCGUGGGGUGCGGAGGUUGUGGGGGCGAUGUGCGGGCGACAGGCUUGAAGGAAAUAUUUGUGGAGUUUAUUUUUGUGUUUAUUUUUUAAUCUCAUUAGUCAACAGGGGGUUGGAGAAGCUAUAGUGUGUGUUUGUUUUGCCUAGUGGUUUUGGAAAAGUUUGUUUAGGCUAUUUCUUGUGUGUGCGCGGAAGGGAUGUGGUUGGCGCAACCGGGUGCGACUGUUUGUGAAUUGUGUGUGUGCGCUUGGUGGAAAUCGUGUGUGGGCGUGUCUGUCAGUGUUUCUACCCUCGUCUGGGUUUCUGUUGUCCCUGCGUUUUGAGAUAAACACGCCCAUUGCUUUGCUGUUCAGUUUUGCCUCCUCUGCCCCAGAUGCAGACCUGGGGUCUGGGAACAUGCAUGCCUUUGUUUCAACACGACUGGCGGUAAGGCACGCAUGAGUCUGUUAACACUCGAGAUGUUGCCCAGUUCAUGACACACCUGUGGGCCCUCAGUCCCCGGCACUGGUGUAGGUUGGAGCGGACUUGCCGGAUAGAAACAUUAUGGUGCAAAUUCAUCCUGGCCUUUCAGUGGUCAAGAUCGGGCUACAACCAUUUCCCUGUGAUUUCAGUUGUGUUGGCGCGAGGGAUACUUUCGUGGAUACCGUUUGGCCGACACGUCGUGCCGUUUAUGGGAACCCUUCCCAAGGGAAGCCUGGAAAGGGAGUUGAGAUCCCAACCCAGGUUGUUGAUGCGGAUUCCACCUAAGCAGUGGACCCCUGUACACAGAUGAACAUGUGCCCAGUGUUGCUUCAGUACACCCAAGUCUCAGGCUGGAGCAGUAGUGUUAUGAAAUACGCUGGAUUCCUGUGUGUGUGUGUGUGUGUGUGUUGUCUGCCUGUUUCCGUUCGUUCACCUUUUGGUUGACCCUUGGUAGGGGGGGCCGACGUAUGGCUACGGCUAACUCCCUAUUACCCCAUGGCCCCCAGAGUUGACUUUGACCGCUUACCAUACACUAUCUCGCUAUCCCCUAGCGUACAGGCCUAGUGUGCACUUCCUGGGGACACUGCUGGGAACACCCCAUGUCCCCCACCCCCGGGAAAGGCUGACACCCCAGGUAGUUCCUACCCAUGCAAAUUAUUGCGGCGAACACGUGCGUUUGAGGCAAAUUUAUGUUGUUUGUUCGUCUUUAUACGUAGUUCUUUCUUUUUUGUCGUUGAGUAAAAUGAACAAAGGUCAGAUGCACUUUGUUUGGCUAAGGAUGCAGUGAGUGUGACAGGUGCUUGUGCGUGUGGACUGAUGGUGUAGAGUCAGCUCUUUUCAGACUUCCUCUUUAUUAUCCACGAAACACUUCUAGGUAGCCCUGCUGUGAAGUAGAGCCACCAGGAGUUAGUUCUGAGCAGUUAGUUCUGUAGUUGCUAAAGAGCUGUCUCGUCUUAGCACAAACACUACGGUACCGCCGAGCGGGAGCGGCUAUCAAGUAUUUACCCAGAAUGCAUUAUAGGGUAUACAUCAACAUACUCAAGUCCUCUUGGGACAAGUGGACUCAUUUGUUUCUAGUUAAGGUGUUAUAGCUCCUCUUUUUUUUAUCGUCUAUUAAAAUAAACAUCCAAACAUUUAGGAACUUUUAGCCAACAGGAACUGUUCUUACCCAAUGUCUUGGUCAACUGGUUUGGAUUGCAGAAUGGGAAGCGAGAGCAUGUUAACUGCCAGACUAACCAUCCCUAAACUGUGCGUGCGCGUGUGUGCGUGCCCGUGUGUGCGCGUGUGUGUGCGCAUAUGAUUGUGCAUGUGUGUUUGAAAAGACAGAUCUGAUGACCUUUUUUUAUUUUUAUUUUUUCAAUUGCAGAUUUGUAUAUGAGCGUUUGUUCUCUAUUAAUUUGAUAUGAGAGCACCUUUUUUCUGAAUUGUGGUUUUUGGGGGAUUGAUUGAUUUUGACUGGGUUUUCUGUUUCUUUUUUCUGCUAGUUUAUUUGAACUCUUCCAGAGGUGAGUUAGGACUCAAAUGAAAAUGCAUUGGCCAGCUGUGAGCUGAUCAGAGAUCAGGACGCACAGAUGGGAGCUUGGUAACUUUUCCUGGCCCAGUGAGCUAAGAACCGUUCCAAUGGCAUUCUGUUCCAUUUUCCGGGAUGACGUCCAUUUUGCUCCCUGCGCAGAUACAUGCCCUGUUCAGUGUUGACUGUCUCUGAUCCUGCUUUAUUCUAGAUUCAUUCUAAAGCAGGCUUUUCAGGCUUGGAGGGCAGAAAGACUUGUUUUCAUAUGUGUGUCUAUCUGCUAGUUGGUUCCAUUCACACUGAAGGAUAAUGUUUUUUGGACCUCCAGGGCCAGAAGUGCUUACCCCUGUGAUUGAGAUGUGUGGGUCUCCUCUCCUGCUCUGAAAUGGUCUUUGUUUGGGUCUGACCAUCUCUUGUGGAACAGGUCUUUAUUUCUCUCCUAGUUUGAACCGUGUGAAACCCUAGCAGGGCCAGUUGGAAUCAUGGGCAUUAUAACCGGCCCUGAUAGGCCAGACUGCCCAACACAACCAGAGGUCUGUUCAGUAGGGUGCCCCAUAGCAGAACGCUUAGCUGAAACUAAUCGAAUUCUCUCCAAAUAUGAAUUUGUGAAUUGUUGGCUCUAUACAUUGGAUUUCUAGCUGCGAUGUUCUGAAUGUUGCAUCUCAGUGAAUGUACCCCCGUUGAAGGGCUUCCUCAUAAGUCUGUUUGUGUAAGUUAACAGUGGGCUGAAGAACAAACCAACCAGCUGCCAGACUAGCCGAUACCUUCCCAUCCCUGAAGACUUCAUAAGGAAUUUAAGACUUUGCUAUAGAGAAAUCUAAAGUUGUCAAGCCUGUUUAGGGUGUUUGAGUGCCCCCUGUUCUGGAGAGCCAAUUGCUUAGCUGCCAUUCACCCUUGACUCCAGCCACUCUUCUACAAUCUCUGGACGAGAGAGAAAAGGGGACAGAGAGAGUUGUCAAGCUUUCUAUUGGACACUCCAGUUGGUUUUAGUCCAUAGAGAACGUUCUGCUGAAAAGAAGCUAUGCAGGAGUAUAGACAAACUCCUCUAGCUAAGAUUUCCCAUCAGGCACACAGAUCUACGAUCAGCUUGCUCUGUCCAAAUCCUGAACUUCACCAUUCAAACAAGGGGAUGGCAGUCCAUUGCUUAGUUCCCAUCUAUUCUAUUGCCCACCUUAUACCACUCCAAUUACGCCCCUCCCCCAUCAGGAAUUCCUCUGACUUGUAAGAUGUGCUAAGGGGAAAGAGAAGGGUUUUUUGCAUGUCAGUUCUGUUCCUCUGCCCCUCUUGCCUGUCUCCUUUUUUUUCUUCAAUCUGAAAGUGUCUGAUAUCUUUUAUUUAAUGUGGAAAAAGAACACAGAAAUAAAUUAUUAAUUUUUUUUUAAUGCUGUAAAGGGGAGUGUCAUCGUGCUUGUCUGGUCGUUCUGUUUCUGCAUUCAAACAUCAUGUUUCAAAGACUGUACAAAAAAAAGGUUGAUUAGCUUGUGCAUUUUGUCAUAUGUAUUUGAAAGCAUACACUCAAUUUAAUGUAGUUUAAUAUUUUCAGGAAUCUAGGACAAAGAAAAUGUAUUUAGGAUAAUUUUGUUAGUUUUUAUUUAUUCAAUUUUGUGGAAAGUAGCUUUUUUCGAGAAAAGGUUUUCAUGUGAAAGCCAAAUAUAUUAAUGAAACCUUCCCACAAACAAA